AUGGCUGCCCAGCGGUUGCUCAAGCUUGGGAUUCACAAGCGACAUUCCCGAAUUACGGCAGUGAGGCUUGAUGCCGCUUUGGCAACCAUCAAAUUACGCGAGGUGGGUCCCGGGCCCGGUAGCCGAACGACGGCGCCGACGCCACGGACUCGGGGCGAAACCGUGAAGCACAACAGCUGCGAGCUUCCGACGGAGAAACUUCAGCAAAAGUUCGGGAAUCAGGAAUGCUAUUCACCGGAUCAGCUUCAAGUCAAGUGGGCCCACAAACGUCCUGAUUCUGGCGAAGACUGCCUGAACGACAGGGCUCGGAUAUUCCACAGAUAUUCAAGCCCAAGUUCUUUCUUUUUGGUGUGCAUCAGCAUCGCCCUCGAAGCCGGCCGGCUCUGGGAGAUCGUCGCGAUGCUUCCUACUCUCGAGCAAGAGUAUGAACUCAGAAAAUGCAACAGGCGCAUCCCUCUGCAGGACUGUUAUCUUCAGAUCCAGCAGGAGGCUGCCGGGCUUCUCGCUUCCAUGACUAUGCAAUUCAACAACCAAUCCGGAACCUCGACAAGCAAGCCCUCCGCCCUGAUGUGUCGGGAAUUCUCAGUCGACGAAUCCGAGUAUGCCCCUCAGAGACGGAACCACUUUGAAACAUUCCAAAGGCUCUGGAACGAAGAGCAAGCGGACCUUGCGGCGUAUGCUCGCCGUCACCAAGAGUCAACUCUUGAAAGGCCAACGGUCACCUCGCCGGAACACCGCCAAUCCCAGCCCCAACAGUCGAGAGAACCAAACGCGGGUGCUAGAACGCACACCACUGAGCCUUCAAGCAGUCGUUAUCGUGAACCAAGUGCUUCAGAGAGCCAGAUCAGGGGGUUCGCGGCUUGGGAGACAUUGGGGAAGGGGCCGCAAUCACCAACCGGUAGCAGAGAGCUCCCGAGACUCAGAGGGCACGGGCUGCCGUUAGAGAACGCCGACUCGAACCAAGAAGUCAUCUGGGGCUUGCUCGAGACAAUGCGGGAGCGGCUCGACGAGGGAGACGGAGACUCCCUUGCCGUGCUAUAUCGUCUUAUCCUGGAGCUGCUUGACAGGAUGAACGCACAAGCCGUCGGGCUCACGGAUGGGUUGAACGAGUUGAGGCUGAGACAAGAUGAGGCUGCUAGGGUUGUCAGAGUCGCGGCCCAUGUCCCUCUUGAGCAGCAAAAAGGGAAAUUACGUGAUGUGCUGUUGCACAGCAUAGAGAGAGAGGAGGAGGAAAACGACAAUGACGCGAACGAGGUUGACCAAGGAGACGACGAUGACGACGAUGACGACAACGUAUUGAGCCGUUUAAAGGUUGAAUUCGACAAGUCCAUCGACGGACCAGAGGAGUCUCACAUCAAGGCUGGCAUCAAGGGAAAAGGAGGUCCUAGGUAUACGCAGACUCGAUUCACAGUGGAAUCUUCUGUAGUCAAUGCUCGUCAGGCGGUUGCUGCCCAGGUGGUGACUCCCCAAGUGGUGGUUCCCCAGGUAGUGAAAUCUAAGCAAGGGGCGGCAUCAACGGUUGCAGAGAACACAACCGCAGCGGGCGACAAGCGGCGGGCCGAUGGAGAGCUAGGAGGAAGUCCGGGCAAAAAGCCGGCACCGCCUUGGGUGCGCGUUAACGCAUUCCGUACUCUGGUCAGCUAUGCCUGGUUUGAUGCUCCGUAUGCCGUGAUAGUCUUCUGUAGCUCGAGGUUGAACGGAACCAAAGGUCACGAUGAGAACUAG